AUGAGUUUCUCGUCUAACGCUUCGCAUCGAGACGCCCAAUGGCCUUGCCGUUCCCGUCCGAGGCAAGAUGAAAUGCCUAGAUCUGGCUUGCGAAGCGCCGCGCAUCCAUUUCUAUUUGCGAUGAGGCUCCCGCGGAGCAAUACAUAUAUUGUAAUACAUGGCCCGCAGCAGUCGGUCCAGGAUUCGCACCUGUAACAUCGCAAAGAACAACCUUGAACGAAACUACACUCGCUGAGUCAAUUCAAACUUGCACAACAUGAAGAUUUUUACUGCCCUUUUUGUCACUGGUGCGCUCGCCUCGACUGUUCGCCGCCAGGAGAGUCUGGUCAGUGCCAUCCAGGCCAUCCAGGCUGCAACUGAGUCCAGCGGCGAGGCCAUUGCUGCAUACAACGGCGAAGACUCUGAGUUCGACGCUGUGCAGACCGCCAGUGAGGCCGUUCGCUCUGCAAUCGACUCUGCCACUGAGACCGCCAACGGCCUUUCCGAGAUCACUCAAGAGCAGGCUUUGGGGUUGACUGAACCUCUCGGAGAACUUCAGACAGCUGCUGAGGCAACCAUCGGCUCUCUCAUUGAGAAGCAACCCAUCUUUGCCGAGAAUGAUGACGAUGACGAUGUCCUCGCUGGGCUUCAGUCGCAACAAGCAUCUCAACAAGCCCUGACUGACGCUGUCGUCUCCAAGCUUCCAGAAGCUCUUCAACAAAUCGGUGCUGAGACUUCGCAGCCUGCUGCCGAUCUUAUUCAAUCUGCUCUUGACGCCUUCGCUGAUGCCGCGGAUGACGAUGAGGGAGGUGCUACCCCCACUGAAUCUGCUGCCACUCCAACUGAGUCUGCAGCUGAGACGUCUGCGGCUGCGCCAACUGAGACUGAUGACGACAACGACGACGAUUCGCAGAUGACUCCUACUGGUACUGCUCCUCCUGUCGAGACCUAUACUGGUGCUGCUUCUGCUCCGGUCGUUGGACUGGGUGCUAUUGCUGCUGCUGCGCUCGUGGCUGUCAUGUAAAUAGUUAGCCGAGAAAUUUGAAUUGCAAGGAAGAUGAUAAUGAGCGAUGUAUGACAACAGAUACGAGACGAAUGGAGGAACAUAGGAACGAUGGGAUACCACCAUUGUGAGUUCGAAUUAGUUAGCCAGGAAUAAAUCACUUCUGCCGGCUG